CUGUCAGAAAGCUAGGAGGUGUUGGUUGUUUCAGAAUCUUAUCACGUUCUUUGAACAUUGAUAGAAGAUGAAUGUACGGAUACUGUACGCAUGCGUUCUAAACCUCCUUGCUCUUGGAGGCUGUGUAAUAAGAAAAUAGCAGAAGAGUCGAGCAGUGAAAUUAUCGUUCACCAUUAUUUAUAUAUUAUCUCAAGUGAAUGCCUACUUGUGCUACUGCAUACUGUAGAAUAACCAAACUUAAAUAGCUAGUGAAAUCCAUGAAUGGUACGGUUCAGCUAAAAGAAAAGAUUGUUUCACAAUGAAUCAAAAUCUUAUUCCAUCGUAAAGAGAAUGAAAAGGGUUUUAACAAAAUGGAAUUGAUGAUUAAAACAAGGUGUUGCUCAAAGAAAAAUUCAGUGAUUGAUUUUUUGUCGGUCAAAUUAUACUUAGAUAUGUGUUAGUUUUAAGGAAUUUACAUACAAAUACAACCCAUGGAAAAGAAAAAAAAUUGUGCAAGCAAAAUAGAUGUUGAAACUGAAAAGUGCAAAAUAUGGUAGUAUCCGAAUGAGUUGAUAAGUGUUUGAUUUGGACGCUAAUGCGCCUUCAAGUUGCAUCAUGUAUUUUGUUCUGGAUUUGUAUUUAAUAGUAUUUUGCCUUCUCGUAAUAUGUAUAAGAGACCGCUUAAACAAAUAGGUUUAUGCAGCCAGCGACCUCAUAAAACAGCAACUGGUGGAUAUGAGGCAACAUCAGAGAUGCCAGAUAGCAUACAAGGUCCUCACGAAAAACGACUGUUGAACCAUCUAUUAGCAACAUAUAACACGCUAGAGCGUCCUGUUGCUAAUGAAUCUGAAUCCUUGAAGGUGAAGUUUGGAUUGACUUUACAGCAGAUUAUAGAUGUGGACGAGAAGAAUCAACUACUGAUUUCCAAUAUUUGGCUUUCUUUGGAGUGGAAUGAUUACAACUUGAGAUGGAAUGAUUCAGAAUAUGGAGGAGUUAGAGACCUCAGAAUAACGCCUAAUAAGCUGUGGAAACCCGACGUGCUGAUGUAUAACAGCGCUGAUGAGGGAUUCGAUGGCACAUACCACACAAAUAUUGUAGUAAAAAAUAAUGGUAGCUGUUUAUAUGUUCCUCCUGGAAUUUUCAAAAGCACAUGUAAAAUAGAUAUCACAUGGUUCCCAUUCGACGAUCAACACUGCGAAAUGAAAUUUGGAAGUUGGACUUAUGACGGAAAUCAGCUCGAUCUGGUGCUGAAUUCCGACGACGGUGGUGAUCUCUCCGACUUUAUCACAAACGGUGAAUGGUAUCUGAUAGGAAUGCCGGGAAAGAAAAAUACUAUAACAUAUCAAUGCUGUCCCGAACCCUAUGUUGAUAUUACGUUUACCAUACAAAUUCGUAGACGGACGUUGUACUAUUUUUUUAAUUUGAUUGUACCAUGUGUCUUAAUUUCAUCGAUGGCUCUAUUAGGUUUCACACUACCACCGGACUCUGGCGAAAAAUUAACAUUAGGUGUGACAAUUCUUCUAUCAUUAACUGUAUUCCUGAACUUAGUGGCGGAGACAUUACCUCAAGUAUCCGAUGCUAUUCCCUUAUUAGGUACAUAUUUCAAUUGCAUUAUGUUCAUGGUAGCUUCAUCUGUAGUUCUCACGGUGGUGGUAUUGAAUUAUCAUCACAGGACAGCAGACAGCCAUGAAAUGCCUUCAUGGAUUAAGGCAGUUUUCCUUCAGUGGCUCCCGUGGAUUUUACGAAUGGGACGACCUGGUAAAAAAAUUACUAGGAAAACCAUUCUUUUAGCUAAUCGAAUGAAAGAACUCGAAUUAAAAGAAAGGUCAUCGAAAUCUCUCUUGGCGAAUGUACUAGAUAUUGAGGAUGACUUUCGGCAUACGACUAGCGGAAUCACUGGUUCGACUACUGCAAUUAGUUCAUCUGGGUUUUCAAGACCAAUCACUGUAGAAGAGCACCAUACUAUGUCUGGGUGUUCACAUAAGGAUUUACAUUGCAUUCUGAAGGAGUUGCAAUUCAUAACGAAUCGAAUGAGGAAAGCAGACGAUGAGGCAGAAUUGAUCAGUGAUUGGAAAUUCGCUGCAAUGGUUGUUGAUAGAUUCUGCCUUUUUGUAUUCACGUUAUUUACAAUUAUUGCAACAGUCACUGUGUUACUAUCGGCUCCACAUAUAAUAGUGCAAUAAUAACGAAUAAAAUUUUUAUAUAAAAACUUGUUAUAUAGGUGAUCUAUUGAAAUUUAUAAGAUUUUUUAAACGAAAACGUGUAAAUCAAGUUAGAAGUUAAUUAGACUGUUUAAAUAGAUUUAAAUGAACAAAUGAUCAGAUAAAAACUGCCGACAAAUAAUGAUGAACGACAAAAUCUAAACAUCACCAAUAAACAUCGGAUGAAUACGUAUAGAUAAAGAGGAAACGAUAUAGAUAAAUAUUUUUCUAAAAGAUAGAUUUGAUGAAAUAUCUUCUAAGCAUAAAUCCUCGACUAUACUCAAGCAACUGUUCCUGCAGUUCGAAACUAAUAAAUAGACUAAGUAUAUAUGGAAGUCGAAAAGAGGAUGUCUACAUUUGCGACUAGAUAUAUCACAGAAACGUUAGAUGCAUAACGAGCAAUCACCGAAGAAAGAAGAGGAUUUGAUCAAUCAAUAAUGGUAGCAUAUAUGUGUCACGAAAGGAAAUGAGUGAAGUAAGCUCUAUACAAUAAAAUAACGAAUGAAAACCUUUCGUUUCGAAACAUAUUAGGAAAUUAGCUAGUAUGAGAUUAAAAAAAAUUAAAUGUACAUUAUCAAUAGUAUAUUGAAAGAGUCAUCUAUAUGUAGAUGGUAAAAAGUUACAUCUGGUUUAAAGAUAAACGGAAAUUAGCGUAUAUGUUUCAGAUAUACGCGAAGUGUAAUAGUUUACAUUACUUCCAGCAAUAAUAGAAUAUUAUUCUAUACUACGUCAUCAUAAUACACACGAAUUGGAAUUUGUAUGAAUCUAAAUAUUGACGUUGAGUUUUUGCAGAUUUAUCUACGAGAAAACAUCUAAAUAACUUGGUUUCUAAAUCGUCUAAAGAAGGAUGUUCGUUUAACUAACGUUGUACGACGUCCAAAUACCCGCUUAACCCACGAGCACUCGCGCUGUUGUACUUUGUACAACACUUUGAGAUUUUUCGUUAUCAUUUUGUUACAAAGACAUUUAUAAAUGCCAAACCUUUACAUAUUCCUCAGAUAACAUGUUUUGGAUAAGAUACAAUCAUUUUUGUGCACUUAUAUACCUCAAGUGUACCAAUACAACCUGAAAUUGUUUGUUAGAACCAGACCAAUAGAACGCGCGAUAUGGGAAGAUCGACCAAACAAUAUUCUGUUCUACAAUAUCUCGUGAUCUCGAUCGUGUAGAAGGUCACUUUCUUCGGCAAACUUGUUCAGAAGACCAAGAGCUAGACUAUGCAAGAUAAAAUAGUUUGAAAUAAAAUUCUGCCGCUAGGUGGCGUCAGUGAGCAUGUUAUUUUUUCAGCUUAGUGUAUCUCAAGAUCUAGAUUUUUUUGAAAGUCAGUAUCUUCAACGAAGUAGCUAAGCAAAUCAAAACCUAUGAGGUGGUAUAACGGCUUCUCCAGAAAACUGCAGUUAGGCGGCGCUAGUGAGCAUCUCAGUUGUUCAACCGAGUCAGUGCUUUCGGCAAAGUUUCUCACGAGAUCAAAACCUUCGAGGUGGUGUAUCGAAUAGUAUGAGAUUCUUACACUAGGAGGCGCUAGUGGACUUGAACAUGUAAUUUUUCGACCCACUGUAUAUCAAUUUCCUGAUUCUUUGGAAGGUUGCUUUAUUUUUUCUUCGAACUAAAACCGAAAAUGGUGAAUGUCACCAAGGGAAAGAAUAAAUCGAUGAUAUUCGGAAAAUAAGCUCUCUACAUUGUCAGAUUACGUUACUCUUACUCAACAAAACUAAAUUUUUAACACUGAUACAAUGUUUAUGAAAUUAUAUUUAUUCAUGAUUUUGGAAUAUACACGCAAAGAAAUUUAGAUUUGGAAGUCGUAAAACUCCUGUAAACCAUUUGUGAAACACCAUUCAACCACUCACGAUGGUGAUCGGUAAAAGAAACCACACGCAUAGAAAUAAUGACACAAUCUUCCUAAAUACAGAAUAAGCUUAAACAAACAUAGGUGUUCUUCAAUUUGGUCAACGUACAGAUUUGAUUCGAGAACCAUAUAGCUCACUAAUGCUAUGAAUCAUACUGUGUAGAACAAUAUUGAUUAUAACUAUUAAAUAGAAUAAAACAAUUUUGCGUGUAUCCGUUCCAUUUAAUCAGAAUCAGAAUAUAUUGGCUCAAAUGGCACGUUCCCCGUACAUAGUCGGGGAUUUGUGCCUAAUCUGAAUAAAAUGUUCAAAAUAUUUUAUAAGACGCUUUUGACGUAGUUAGGAUACUAGGACUGCGUAGUUAUUGAAAAAUUUCAAGAUAGAUUCGGUUCGCGGUGAUAUUUACUUUUUCUGCAUUACACGUCCUAUCGCAGGUUUCGAAUGGUGUCAGAAUGCCAAAAUUGUUUUAUUGUUUUAUUGUUUUAUUUGGAGCAGGGAAAAGCCCCCUGGAGCUAGGUUACAUUCAUUCCCUUUCUCCAGCAGGCAUAAAACCUCCUCAUCUUUUGUACCAACAGAUUACAAACAUUCAAAUGAUCCACAGCUUAUUUCUACAACUAACACUAUUACAUUAAUUUUGCUACUGAAUAACUAAACUAGGGACAAGAGCUAGCUUGACAAGGAAUUAACAAACAAUCGCUUAGUGACGGUACGGGAAUGAUGAAAGUCAAAGACGUGGGAACAUCGGUUGAAUAAACGACACAUACUGGAGAAUGGCUCAUUAUAGCCAUAAUUUGUUCUGGCAGUAGGAAGACGAAGGAAUGACGUUCUUGAAUCAAUGGCAGAAUCCUAAACUAUUCAGUGUAUAACUUUGUAGGUUUUUAUCUCUUGUGCAAUUAUAUCGAAGACACCGUCCUACUAACAAAUCAAGAAUACAAGACACAGUAGCUCAAAAAUGGCAUGAUCACUAGCGCCACUUAGUGGUAGAAUAUCGAACUAUUUCGCAUACCACCUCCUAGAUUUUGAUCUCCAGAACAACAUUGCCGAAGAUACAUAUCUGCUGAAAAAUCUAACUCUUUAGGUACAGUAAAUCAAAAAAACAAAUGCUCACUAGCGCCGCCUGGCGGUAGAAUUCCGUCAUAUUCGUUUAGCCAUAAUCUACUAACCAAAUUGGCAGAAGAAAGUAGUGCUCCAAAUGAUACGGAUCACGAGGUAUUCAAAUGACUAUCUGUGUUGUACAAAGUACAACGCGCGAGUGCUCGUAUUACAGAACUUGGGGCGAGUGCCGGAGGGUUAAUAGAUGUUCAUCUUUGGACACGUGUUGAACGAUUUUAGACAAUAUUUUGGGCUGCUUACAACUUAAUUUAACAUAGUUUUUAUCGAGAAAGCCAUGUGACCUAUUGCAUACAUUCACAAGUUCGAUCAUCUAUACCCAAUAAGUCCAUCCGGAAAAUGAGCCGGAAUUCUGGUUGGUUCUAGUUAUUAUUCCGGCUCCUGCUUCAAAAACUAUUCUACUUAGAAACAGUUGUGUCACUAGAGCCGGAUAUUAUCUAGAACCAGCCAGAAUUCUGGUUCAUUAGCCGGCUGAACUUUACGGGGUGCGCAUGUUGCGAAAUAAAUUAUUAGGAAUUUUGUAAAAAUGCAACGUCUCCCAACCCAAGAGUUCGAGUAACUUUUUUCCUUUUUUAUUUCGGCUAUUAUGUAGUCACAUUUUCUUUUUGACUUUUUAACGACAUUCAAUUGGCUAUACAUUACUGAGUUAAUGGAAGUUAUGAAAAUUUAGAGCCAUUGUACUGAAGUGAGAGCAAGGAUGUGAAAUAUACAGAUCGGAAAACUAGAAGUGACAGGGUCAUUAGAAGCAUGCUUAAAAUCUUACGGGAUAAUCUUUUCUCUUCUGCUGGCACGAAUCGAGCUUAGGCAGCAUAACUACGAACCACUCAAUUCCACCAACAUGUAGUUUACCGAUAUUUCGCCUCCUUGCUCUCACUUGAGCACUAUGACUCUAAAUUUUCAUAGCUUUCCCUACUCAGUAAUCUCUAGCUAAUUGAAUGUCUUUAAAAAGUAAAAAAGUACAAGUAACAAUCAUCAAGUUGCGUAUCACAAAUAUUUUCAUGGCGUUACAUUUACUAUGUAGUGUCCGUAUCAACUAUUUUGGAAAUUCUAUCAAAAUCGCAACAUAGUUGUUAGCUGCAAAUGGUCAAGCCAAUGUAAGAUAAAAGCAAAGGCUGAUAUGAAGUACCGUCAUCGGGGGUUACUUUACGCCAAAAAUAGAACGUUUUGUACAUUACACUCAAGAACUACGAUCACGCAACUUCAAAUUUGAAACUGUUUGAUAUUUUCCAUAUGGCACAACUACCUCCAAAGUCAGUGAAAAGAACUUUUGGAAAAUCAAGAUUGAAAAUGAGAUAUAAAGAACUAAAAAUUAGCGUAAAGUACAGGCACAGGGGCUACAUUGCGCCAAAAAGUUUUUUUUUAAAUCAUGUUAACUUCUUGAUUUAUUGUUAUAGAUUAUGAUCGUCAUUUAUGUGUGAAUUCAAAUGAAUGUCGUGCUCUUAAAAAUAAAAAGGGUAUGUUCAAGAACUGCGUUACACACAUCCAAUAAUCUUGUUUUGGAUUGUCAAUAAGUUCUACAAUUAAAAACAACAAGCCGAGAAAAAACGCUCUUUAUAAUAUACUUUUUCAUUGAGCCUUAUGAAUUAGACAACCAUGUUUUAGUAUUUUUCGAAAAAUAGUUUUAUUCCGGAGUAGUUGUAUUUCGGAGUGCAAAGGUUUUUCCAACAGAAAUGCGAAUGGUACUGUUAUAUUUAAUGGUCAGGUCAGUUCAUCCAUCUUUAAUGUGAUAUCCAUUUCCAAUAUAUUGAUGACCUUUUUACCUUUCUCUAUAGAAAGGUAUUGCUCUGAAAACCGACUUUUUAACGGAGGCCCGAGUGACAUAUACCAUUCGAUUCAGUUCGUCGAGCUCGGCAAAUGUCUGUGCGUGUGUAUGUAUGUAUGUAUGUGUGUAUGUGCGUCUGUGUGUGUAUGUGACCAAAAAUGUCAUUCAUUUUUCUCAGAGAUGGCUGAACCGAUUUUGACAAACUUAGGGUUACCAACCGUCCUUAUUUUAAAGGACAUGUCCUUAUUUUCGAGGUUUUUGGAAAGCGUCCUUAUUUUACUUCAAAUGUCCUUAAUCUUAGUCUCAAACCUUGGCAUAUACAGGGUGGUUCAACAUGAAGUUUUUAACAGGGCAUUUUCUAGUAGGUAACGGGUACUAACUACAAACUGUCAUGCUAUUGUAGUUUAGUAUUGUUUGCCAUUUCAUAAUGGAACGACUUACACUGGCUCCCCAUCUUCAAAUUAUUCAACUAUAUUAUUAAAAUCAGCGAUCUGUGGGAAAUGUGUUUAAGGCCCCCGUCGGGCAAUCCGCCAUUUUUCGUGUUUUUUUGCGGUUUUUUAUUUUAUUUUCAAAGAAAAUGACAAAAUAUGGAAAAAAGAAAAAAAUCACGACCUAGAUAAUUGUUUUUACUAUGAAUUGGCCGAAAUGGAAAAUUCAAAAUUUUCCAACUCGGAAAACUGUGUGCUUUUUCCGGUUGAAAAAGCACACAGUUUUUGCAAUCAUGUGUUUAAAAUUUUGAUUUUUUCAAUACAACAUAGCUAAACAGUUUUUCUAGGACGUGAUUUUCUCCGAUUUUCCAUAUUUUCCGCUUUUCAUUGAAAAAUUUCCAUUUUACUAGAAGCAGUUUUUCCACCCGCACAGACACAACUAAAGUAAAAUUUGUAUGUAUAGGUGCGCAAAAGUGGAGCAAUAUUUUCAACCUGCUGUUUCUUCGAUAUUUCCUACAAAACUACCCAAGUGUUGCAUAUGUACGAUUCGUUAGAAACCAAGGAAUCUGAUGGUACAAAGGAAAAAUCGUUUUGGAAUACUUCAUAACAGCGUUUUUCAAUUUUCCUCGCGAUACGCAGUGUACCGUCGCACGCGAAACAGCGUGGAAAGAUACGAAAAGAAAAACAAGUGUACUAAAAGUUAUCCUUGGGUUGAUGCAGAUGGCGUGCUACGAAAGCUCGAAAUAUCGAAAGCUUUUAGCACAACUGUUUUUGAGUAAUUCUGAGUGUUGAAUAUGAUUUCAAAUAAAUUUCUUCAUUGAAACUUGAUGAUUUUCGAUUCUCUUGGGAGAUCUAUGAUAUUUUAUUAUUUUACGAGACUGAAACAAACCGCGAUGCUAUUUAAUCUUUAUACGCCAAAUAAUGGAAAAACAUUUUCUAUUUUGAAUUUGCAUGUUGAUAUUUGAUGAUUUUGAAACUGAUGAUCGUUUGAAACCAACGGUUUUGUGUUGAAUUGAUAACACAUAUUUAAAAACAUCUUUGGCUUUAUUCCAAACAAUAAUGGAGGCUAGCCAAAUUGAAAAUUAUUUAGAAGUUUCAUCAAUUAUCACAUGUCACAAUUUUUUGUAAGAUUGGUUUUAUUUCUCAGAAACCGAUUUCCACACAGCAUUGAUGAAAACCUGAUGAAAUUUAUAACAGUUGAUGCAAAUAUAUUCGACAUUCCACAAAUACCAACGAACGAAUUAAUUUUCAUACUGGAUUUGACUGCUUUGAAACAUUUUUGAACACAGAUGUUGUUUCGUGUUUUCAGAAAUGCAAGAAAUCUUAGCAAAGUUUCCUCAGAUUCUCAUGGAAUAAUUAUCAUACUGAUACUUGGAUUUAAAAAAUUUUAAAUGACGCAUUUUACGAGAUUGUAAACCAAAAUAAUAUACAGGUAAACUUCGAUAUAACGUACAUCUCGGUUUAAAAAUUGUACGUUAUAUCGAAGCAUGCAAAAUGUUCAAAGAAUUGUACUUUAUUUUGUUGAAUUUUGAUAACGCGUAACUAAUUUUGAAAAUCUUACCUACCUAGCAGUGCGAAACAACUUUUCUAAUAAAAUUAUAGUAGAUCCAUAAAAAGAUGCCAUAAUCAUUUUUUUUGCUUAUAUGAAUUAAAUUUAUUGAAAAUAUUCUUUUUUUAUUUUGAUUUUAGAGGUUUUAACCUUAGGGUCAUUCGCCUCUUUGUUGGGUUAGAGAAAUCUCUUUAGAAAAAUCUCUAACACUAUGUGCGGGGUUGGGAAUUGAACCUAGGUGAGCUGCGUACAAGGCAAUCGAGUUACCAACUACGCUAUCUCUACCUCCGAAAAUAUUCUCUAUUCUGACUCCUUUCCUAAUUAUUAAAUCAUUAAUUAUUAUUUUCUCUGGGCUUGUAAAGUGAUUUUAAUAUUCCCACCGUCUGCGCCUCAUACAAUAAAAGCAAUUUAUGAACUUUAAUCAUUAGAAUAGAGUAUAAAGAUCCACUUGUAUCCGCGAUUCAAAAAUUUCUGAAGAUAUAAAUAUUUCUGAAGAUAUUUCAGUCCGCUAACCGAUUUCCUAAAUACCCCAAACCGGUCGUGAAGCGUGCACAGUUGUCCGUGUAACUACAAAUAUGACCUCUCAUUCUUUUUGUGGCAUAGCAUGACAUGGAACUUAAACGUUGUCAUUCGGCCCAGAGAAUCAGAUUCCGCAGUCCCGAAACCAACCAACAAUGGUCACACGUAUAUUAUCAAUUUUAGAUUUCAGUUAGAACUUAGAGGAGACCGGGGCUAGUUGGCUGUGUUUUCAGUUUUCAUUUUUUACCGCUUUGAUGUACCUAGAUUUUGCAAAAUAGAACACGUGGCAUGGAAGGGCAGACUGUUGUCAACAUCUCUUAAUUUUAUUAAAAUGUUUGAUGCGUUGUCUCCAUUUUUAGAGACAAAAAUAUGUGACGCGGAAAAACCGCCAACUUACCCCGGCCCCGGGGUAAGUUGGCGAUAUGUAUAGAUACACCAUAAAAUAAGCAAUCAAAUGGAGAAUCAAAUACUUCAUGGGUCCUUUUGGAACAUGCUGAAUGUCUUUUCAAGAAAACUGUAUAUUAAUCGACAUUUGCUAUUAUAUUUCAGUCUCAAUAUCCCGGAAUAUUGACAUUGACGCGUACUCAAUAGCAAAUUUUCAUAGCAAGCAAUAGCAAAUUUUCGAAAUUCUUCAGGUGACUAGCCGAAGUAAAUGUUUUCUGCAUUGACAAGAUACACAAGAAAAAGAUUUUCUUACUUUGGAGUGAAUUCCAGAAAUAAAAAUUUUUGCAUCGUAAAUAGUACCGCAAACUUGCCCCGCGAGCAGCACCGCCAUCACUCUAAAUAACACAGUGUUUAAAAUUUAGGAAAUUUACUAGGUAUGCUUGAAAACACAAUAUCGCCCAGAACUUCCACAAUACAAAAUGUUUUGCAACCAAAACACAUUGGAUAAUGGGUUUCACAUAACUUGAGGUACAUAACGAGAGGCAGUGCUAUAUGUCUAAUAGAAACCAAGAAAAAGGGAUUCCGCCAACUUACCCCAACCGCCAACUAGCUUCGGGCUCCCCUACUGAUAUUGGGUUAUUUAUUGAGAUAAAUGGUUGGUUUUAAUAAAUCACGAUCAUACGCAAAUGAAAUUGGAAAAAAAUCGCUCUCGUAACGUUCAAUGAAGUAGCCAAUUCCUAACAUGCUCAUUAGAAGCCCAAUUAGUAUGCUUUAAGAUUGUGUAUAACAUACUGAAUUCUUAAAAUAUGGAAUACAUGCCUAAUUGAAGAUAAAUUUGGACCUGAAAAAUUAAUUAAAAAAUAUGUGCGUUAUAUCGAGGAAAAAUGUACGUUAUAUCGAAUGACGCUAUAUCGAGGGUACGUUAUAUCGAGGGUACGUUGUAUCGAAGAUUACCUAUAUUUGUUUUGAUAAUAUUUCUUUUUAUUUUGUUUUAUUGCGAUUCGAGAGUAGGUAUCACGAAAAUCACGCUGAAAGCAACUUUUUUUUUGUUUCCAUAGCGUUAUUACGCCAUGAAUUUUUGAGUUUUUCAGGAAGUAUAUUUUAUAACGGCCGUAUCGUAUUUCAUUUAUGAAUCAAUCAAUAGUCCCGACCAGGACGAUUGAAAAUGAAUCACUUGAUAAUAUUUUAUCGCUUUAUUUUAACUUGAAAUAAGGAAAUAAUAAUUAGAUCAAUUUCAUUUUUUCCGUUGAAUUUUUAAAAAACUUUUAUUUGGCUCUCUCUAAUCAAUUUACUUACUACACUUUCAUUGACUUAUAACGAUUUAUAGAAAAGAUACGAUUAAUCGUGUAUUGUAAAUGAUAUGCGUAGUUUGAACUACCAUAAAACCAUUCUCGCUGAUUACGUCUAAAGGAUUGACUGAAUGGAUUUGUUUGAAUAUUCCAACGUUGGAAUACACAAAUCUGUCACGUAGUUUUAAAAAUACCCACAUGGCUCCCUGCAGAUCACCUGACAAAGGAUCUGAAAUCCAAAUCGAUCACUUUCAAAUCAACAGAAAAUGCUUUAUGUUAUAUUGGUCAGGAAGAUUGUGCUACCAGGACUACGUCCAGCAACUGGCGGUAGCACUCCUGACAGAAGAAUAUGUACUUACUUGGUUAAUUUUGAGCUCUUCGAGGAAUAAUAUUUUUCUGAAUUGCGCAAUUAAUUUUUCAUCGUUUUGUUUUACAAUUUCCAAUAUGGAUUUUUUUUAAUUCCACAAAUGAUAAAAAAGUUCUCCAGGGUUGUCUACAUACUGAAUUUUGAUACAGUCGGGUCUCCUACUACGCUGAUUCCUACUACGUGGAUUCGUAUUGUGCGGUACCCACCUAAUAGGAUUCACUUAGCCUAUGGGAUUUCGACUAAUUGGGGCACGAAUAUUUCAUCUGAGUUAACAUAUAGCACCAUACUUUAUUUGGUAAAGUUGUUUUGUGUUUGCUUAGACCUAUAAUUGAGAGCAAUUGGAUAUCCAAUUAAUUGAUAACUGCAACGCCAGGGGUGCUACACAAUAACCUCUCGUAAACGCAACUAUCAUUGAAUAAGUUUAAAGUGAGCGUACUAGCUUUCAGCACAAUGUGGAAUUUAGUAUGUCACAAACGUCUAAUAACUUAGAGGAGAUGGUGUACUCGGAAAAAAUUUAGAGAAGGUUAAGAGCUCCGCGAUUAUGGACAAAACUGAUUGAAAUAGAUAGACCAGGCGGCACUAGUGAGUAUGUAUUAUUUUUCAAUUUCUGAAUCUCGAGAACAUUAUUUAGAAGUGUGAUAUCUUCGGCAAUAUUCAUCAGUGAGUCGAGUGCUACCCGACGGCGAAUAGAUAAUUACAGAAUUCUCCCAUCAGGCGGCGCUAGUGAAAUAAAACUAUUCAUGUUAGGUAAAGUUUAUUAAUUUAGGAAAACGACGUUUUCUGGAAUAUAAUCCAAGUCACAAUUGAAGUCUUAUAGCACGCUACAAGUGCAAUCUAGGUUGUAUGAGUGGCUAUAAAACCACCAUAAAGCCUAAAUUGUUACUGGGGCAAGGACUAUUUAAUGAUGUAAUGAUUAAAUUGGAUAUCACCCUCAAGGCGGCGCUAGUGAGCACACACUUUUUUAUUGCGAUAUCCCAAAAUAGGAAGGUGGGAAAAAAAUUGGGAGGACUAUCAAGUUGAUUUUGAUAGAAAGAAUCCUUGCAUAAAUUUUGUGGGUUGGAAAAAAUUGGGAGGACGACAAAAUCGAUUUUUAUAGAAAGAAAUAUUUUUGUUUACGAAACCUUGCAGGAUGAUUUUGUUUGCCUAUCCUGUAUCCAUCAGAAGAAGAAAUUUUAUUGCCAUGUGUUUUCAAGUAAUUUCGAUGGUCAUUAGUGGAAAUUGGUGGGUUGGAAAAAUUGAGAGGACAAUAAAAUUAAUUUCUAUUGAAACAAUUGUUGUUGGUUAGGAAAUCUUGCCGGAUGAUUUUGUUUGCCUAUCCUGUAUCCAUCAAAAGAAGAAAAUUUUAUUGCCAUGUGUUUUCAAGAAAUUUCCAUGAUCACCAGUGGGAAUUGGUGGGUUGGAAAAAAAUGGGAGGACGAUCAAAUUGAUUUUUAUAGAAAGAAAUAUUUUUGUUUACGAAACCUGUCAGAAUGAUUCCGUUUCCCUAUCGUGCAUCAAACAAAAAUUUUAAAAUGAAUCGUCAUGUGUUUUCAAGAAAUUUCCAUGAUCAGUCGUGGAAAGUGGUAGGUUGGAAAAAUUGGGAGGACAAUAAAAUUGAUUUUCAUUGAAAGAAUUAUUUUUGCUUAGGAAACCUAGCAGAAUGUUUCUUUUUCCCUAUCCUGCAUACAUUAGAAGAAGAAAAUUUUAUCGUAAUGUGUUUUCAAGUAAUUUCCGUGAUCAGUAGUGGAAAUUGGUAGGUUGGAAAAAAUGGGAGGACGAUCAAAUUGAUUUUGAUAGAAAGAAUCCUUGCAUAAAUUUUGUGGGUUGGAAAAAAUUGGGAGGACGACAAAAUUGAUUUUUAUAGAAAAAAAUAUUUUUGUUUACGAAACCUUGCAGGAUGAUUUUUUUGCCUAUCCUGUAUCCAUCAGAAGAAGAAAAUUUUAUGGCCAUGUGUUUUCAAGAAAUUUCCAUGAUAACUAGUGGAAAUUGGUGAGUUAGAAAAAAUUGGGAGGACGAUCAAAUUGAUUUUUAUAGAAAGAAAUAUUUUUGUUUACGAAACCUUGCAGAAUGAUUCUGUUACCCUGUACUGCAAGGUGAGAAAUAUAUCACCAUGUACAUGUGAUUUCAAGAAAUUUUCAUGACAAGUCCAAGACAAGACCAAGACAAGACAAAGACAAGACAAAGACAAGACAAAGACAAGACAAAGACAAGACAAAGACAAGACAAAGACAAGACAAAGACAAGACAAAGACAAGACAAAGACAAGACAAAGACAAGACAAAGACAAGACAAAGACAAGAC